AUGAGAGAUUUAAACGGAACGAUUAAUGAAAAUAAUGAUUCUAUAACUGAGAUAGAUCAUAUUAUAAGCCCAGUAUUUUCAAAUUAUUCAUUAUUACAACCCGACACAUCCCUUUCUCCUCCAAUGACAGAAAUAUUGCAAUCAACACGCCACCGAUUCAGAGAAGAACUGCCGAAGGCAACGACCAACAGAAUAGUUUCGAUAUUGGGACUGUUCGAGCUGACAGUGGGCCAGUCUCCAAGAGCUGAAGGGGCGUCAGAACUGGCUGCGGCGAAACUAGCCGUGAACCACGUCAAUAGUCGCGCGUUGCUGCCGGGGUACAAACUCCAUCUCAUCACCAAUGAUACUAAGUGCGAUCCAGGAGUAGGCGUGGACCGGUUCUUUCACGCGUUGUACACAGAGAGAGAAUCCCGAAUGGUGAUGCUGUUGGGGACGGCCUGCUCAGAAGUCACCGAAAGCAUUGCCAAGAUAGUGCCGUACUGGAAUAUCGUGCAAGUAUCCUUUGGAUCUACAUCGCCGGCGUUGAGCGAUCGCUCCGAGUUCCCGCUCUUCUGCCGCACCGUGGCUCCCGACUCUUCGCAUAAUCCCGCCAGGAUCGCGUUUAUAAGGCAACACGGAUGGGACACAGUGACAGCCUUUUCACAAAACGAAGAGAUAUACUCUCUAGCGGUUAACGAGCUGGUAACGCAGUUGGAAGCCGCGAAUAUCACCUGCGCUGCCUCUAUCACCUUCGCGGAAUCUGACUUCAAAGAACAACUUCAGCAGUUGAAGAAAUUGGAUAUUCGAAUAAUAAUCGGUAGCUUCUCACAAGAAAUGGUGCCUAAGAUAUUUUGCGAGAGUGAUCAGAAGAGGCUCUACAAAUCAUUGGAGCGACCAAUAUUAAGUGGAACGGGCCCAGCACCAAAUCAGGCCGACACGGUCGCAUUCUGGCGCAGCCUGUGGUCAGAGCCCGUAAACCACAACGAGGGCCCUUGGACGGAAGUUGUGGCGUUCCGACUGGGCAUGUACGGCGCGGAGUACGCGUGGCUGGUGGCGGGCGCGCCGCCGCGGCUGCGCGUCGCCGCGCCCUGCGCUCGCGCACAGCUGGCGCGCGCGCUCGAGGGGCUCGUGUCCGUCACUGCGCACAGGGGGAUCGCGGGGGACGUGGUCUCGUUUUCUGGACUAACAAAUGAAAUGUUCCACCGAGAAAUGGAAGGAGCAGGAGUCCCAGUUUCUCCCUUUGCUCCUCACACGUACGAUGCUGUUUGGGCUAUCGCGCUGAGCCUCAGCAAGGCGGAGUUGUUAUGGAGGAGUUCAGAUACUCUUAACAACACAUCGAGUAAUAGCUCAAGGCUAGGCCUGGGGCACUUCGAUUAUGAUCGAAAGGAUAUGGCUGAGGAGUUUUUGAACCAAUUUGCUAACCUCAGCUUUCUUGGAGUAUCUGGACCCGUGUCCUUCAACGGCGCUGAUAGGAUCGGGAUGUCGGCUUUCUAUCAAAUACAAGGUGGUCGUCCAAAAACAGUGGCGCUGUACACUCACGGCCGAGAGAUGACGUGUCCUGAAUGCUCGCGGCCACACUGGGCGGGGGGAAUACCCGCAGCCAGAAGAGUGUUAGUGUUACGGGUGGACUCUGUAUGGGCUCCGGCGAGAUUAGCGGUUACUGUAUUGGCAGCUGCUGGUGUGGCUCUGGCGUUGGCUUUUCUCGCUUUCAACUUGCAUUAUAGUAAACGAAGGUCAAUUAAACUGUCGUCCCCUCGUCUCAACAACAUGACCUUGAUUGGAUGCGUACUGGUGUACACCGCGGUGGCUCUACUGGGAGUGGACAACGCUACGCUGCCUUCAUAUGUCCCCUUCUCUGCUAUGUGUACUGGCAGAGUGUACAUUUUGUCGGCCGGAUUCUCACUGGCAUUUGGAUCAAUGUUUGCGAAGACAUAUCGAGUUCAUCGAAUUUUUAUCAGCAAUCGAAGUGGCGUAUGUAAGACGAAGCUUCUUCAAGAUACCCCCCUUAUUUCCCUGGUGUGCGCACUGUUGGUAAUCGACGGCAUGAUCGUGACACUGUGGGCCAUCCUGGAUCCGAUGGAGAGGCACCUUAAGAAUCUGACUAUUGAGAUCAGCGCGACGGAUCGCAGCGUGGUGUACCAACCACAGAUAGAAGUUUGCAAGUCCCAAAACACAACGGGUUGGCUAUGCGCGCUGUACGCAUACAAAGGUCUGCUGCUCAUCGUAGGCGUUUACAUGGCCUGGGAGACCAGAAACGUGAAGAUCUCCGCUCUCAACGACUCCAAGUACAUCGGCAUCAGUGUUUACUCGGUUGUCAUAACCAGCACUAGUGUAGUCGUUAUCGGAACUAUAAUAUCGGAGAGGGCGACCCUCGCGUACAUCACUAUAACCAGUUUAAUAUUGACAACGACUACGUCAACACUAUGCCUGUUGUUUCUGCCGAAAAUUAUUGCAAUUAGAAACAAAUCUGAAGAUGAUCCGGUAAUACAAAGUAUGGGACUGAGGCUAGAAUGUAAAACUAGAAGGUUCAUCACCGACGAAACCCGAGAGUUGCAGUUCAGGAUCGAAAUUCAGAACAAAGUGUACAAGAGGGAAGUAGCCGCACUCGACAAGGAAAUUGGCAGGCUGGAGAAACUGCUAGCGGAGCCCUUGGAAUCAAUUAGCAGUUCUAAUGCUUCUAUUGUACUCCAAAAACGGACGGAAUUAAACACAGUAGAUGAAGAAAGCAAUCGUCCAGAUAACCUUGACAAAAGAACACCAAGUAUUAGUGGAGGUCUGCCCAUGCUGCUACUAUCUGUAUUACCUCCAGUCAUUCCUCGAGCAAGCUGGCCUUCCGCAGAAGCAUACCGAGGCAGAAACUCUGUCAGCUUUAGCUCCCAGCCGAAGCUUAACUAUAGGAAAUCCCAACCAGCAAUAGAUUUAUACAGUCUCUGUCUGAACAAACGAGAGGAAAACCAAGGCUUCCUCAGCAGAUUGAAGAGCUUUUUCGGCAGUAGACCGUCCAGUAGAAAAGCGUCGACUAUGUCCAUAGCCGAUCCAACUGGUCAGAGCAUUGCUGCCGCUUUGAGGAUGCACGUUGGGAUGAUCGCUGGACUCGUGCCAGGGAAUAGGAAGCAUUCGAUGGUUUUAUCUUGUAAUACAUUGAACGUGCCACAGCCAGAGUUGAAGUUACGCAGGGAAUCAUACGCAAAGAGCGGUCCCAUCAUUCGAAUAAUAGACGACGAGCCUUCGUGCUCAAGAUAUUCUUCCGAAAGGAGUGUCUCCUCUGGCACGCAGAAAUACGUAGCUGAGCCGGAGACCAAGGUCAACUUCGUGUUACCGAACACGCAUAAAACGUCAAUGUCACAUCAGAAUUCCUGUGAAAGGAUAAAGGGAUCGCCACGAUUUCCUCACAGGAUAUCCCCAGCCGCGAGUAGCUUGACAACGCUAGAUGGCAGACGGAAAACAAGUGCUGACUGCGUCUUUCAUAUCUCUGAAGGUAUAUUCGCCGAACACCGACGGUACAGUCAUCAGAACGUUUGCAACCAGGAGUCCAACAGUAAGACGACUUUAGAAAGCAGAUGGAAAUCCACAGAGGAUUCACGACCAGGUCCUUCUGGUGCUUAG